CAAACAAGGCCAGGCGAACGUACACUGACACUCACCCUUUUAUAACACGCGGCGAAGCGAACUCUCACAGACAGACUCACGCACCGUCGCCUCGCCUCCAACAUCACUUCCAAGUCCAACAACACCACCACUAACAACACUCACAUCUCUUCUUUCUCCUUCCCCCCUCCCUCCCUCUCUCUCCCCCCAAAGUCCGUUUCAUUCUUGCCUGCAUUUACUCCAUCUCUUUCAUCUUCCUCAAACAGAAACUACACAGCGUUUCGUUUUCCCUCUUCCUCCUCCCCCUCUAGCUCUGCGCAAUCCUCUUUUGGAAAACGACUCUGUAAUGAGCUGCAAUCUCUCUCGAAACGGAAACUGAGAGGGCUUUUCUUAUUUAUUCUAUUCAUUCCCUUUGGAUUGGAUUAUCCUCUUUCGGAAACAACAACUGAAGGGGAAACUUCGUCAAUUUUCCUGACUGAGUCUUCAUUUUGCAUUUGCAUAAUCAAUGCCUGAGACCAUCGGUUAUCCUCGUAUAUCUUGCGGAAAGACUCCUUCUAUUGUUCCGAUGUUCGAUUUUCAGCGAUCGGCUCUGUGACUGCGAGGAUUUUCUUCUGCUUUCUCAGAUCGAUUAUGUCUUCUCCUUUCUCGUCGCUCGACUCCGUUUGUUGUUCUGCGACUUCUCUCUCUAAUUUGGAGCGCUUUCUUCAUUUUGUCACUCCGACGGUUGCUUCCAGAAUUCUUCCUCAGAGUUGCUUAAAUGACAUAAAUACCCUGUGGCAACCUCUUGGUAAGGACACAACUGAAUACUUCACACUGAAAGAUCUCUGGGAGUGGUUUAAUGAAUGGAGUGCAUAUGGUGCUGGCACGCCUGUUGGGUUGGAAAAUGGUGAAACCGUGAUGCAAUACUAUGUCCCGUAUCUUUCGGCCAUCCAAAUCUACAGUGACAAGUCUGUUGCAGCUUCUAGGGUCCGGAGAGAGGAUACUGAGAUUGUCGAAUUUGAAAGUGAUUCAUGGAGCGAUGAUAGUGGAAGUGAUAACAUUUCUCGAUCAUUGAGUAACAACUCGAGCAAAUCAUGGGAUGCAGUUUCUGAGGAUUCCAACUGUGACCAUGAGGGUUCAUGGCCAAGAGAUGGGCUUGGUUACCUUUACUUGCAGUACACCGAGAUGUCUCCUCCUUACUGGAGGGUCCCACUUAUGGACAAGAUAACUGAAUUGGCAAGAAGCUAUCCAGCAUUAAUGACACUGAAGAAUGUGGAUCUUUCUCCAGCGAGUUGGAUGGCAAUUGCUUGGUACCCUAUUUAUUCCAUACCAAGUCAGAAAAACGAAAGGGACUUGGCAGCAUGCUUCCUCACUUUCCAUACGUUGUCAUCAUCUUUUGAAGAUUGUGCAAUGGAAUACAAUAACAUAAACAUUGGGAAAGACAUAUGCUGCUCGGAAAGCAUGGGAAGUCUUGGUGGAGAGAAAUGCGAGAUUAAGAACUCUGGCUUUAUAUCACUGCCUCCUUUUGGACUGGCCACUUACAAAAUGCAGGGCGAUCUAUGGCUGAACAUAGAUUCAUCAUCUGAUCAUGAAAGGCUAGCCGAUAUGUACCGUGCUGCAGAUUCAUGGUUGAAGCAGCUCAAUUUCCACCACCAUGACUUCAACUUCUUCACAUAUCACUCUUCUCUGUGAAUUGCUUAUUUCUCCAUAACUACCUCACCGACCUUCUGCUUUACCUUUUUUGGCUUUGACAGGAUUUGGAUUUUCUGAAGUUGUAAGUUUGUAAAGCGUCCCUAAAAUAAGAGAGGAUAGAGGGAGUAAAUAGGAAGAGAGGAAGUUGUAAGUUUGUCAAGUGGCUGAACACUUGCUUAGUGUGGUGUUCUUUUUCAGUUUUCUCACUCUAGAGGCACUUUACUUUGGAGGAUCCAAAUUCAUUUUGACACCGGCAUGGGAGAUUCCACUAGGAGCAUAUUCUGAUGAGUACCAUUCGGAAACUCGAGAGGCUAGUCAAUAUCCCCAAGGUCCAAGCUGUUACAGAAUUUGCUGCUGUGGGACUUUUAAAAUGAGUUUGUUUUUUGGGUUGUUUUGCGAGUUCCCUGACGAGGGCAAGAGUUUAGAAUUUGGAUUGGAGGUUCCUUUGAUUUUAACUUUUUGGUGCUUAAAUUUAUCUAGACUUUUUACUUGUUGACUAAUGUGAUGUAGAGUUUCGGAUUUCUAUUUUAUCUUUGAUUCAGAGAGCAAUCCCUUUUAUUUUGGUCCA